AAACUGGAAGGGUCCUUUGCUAUGCUCUCAGUCCUGUCCACAAGCGGCCGCGAAGUUGCAGCGCUUGGUGCCGAUGAGUUUACAGCAAUGGUGGAAAGCUUUGGGGCCUCAGCUGAAUCCCUCAAGCGGCACCUGGCACCGCAGCUGGGUGUGAGUCGCUUUCGCCUCCGCUUGCUGCGGGAGGGCAGCAGUGAAUGCCUGGCAGAUCAGGAACCGCUGGAACUGCCCAUGACCCUCCAGCUGGUGAUCUUGGGAUUUGCACCCAAUGAGGUGAAGCAAAACGUGAGCUUCAUGUCCGCCUGCGCGGGUGACUUGCUGGAUGAGGUGGAACAACACCUGCAGCGACCCCAAGACCCAGAUGUCAGCGACAUCAAUGGCCGGCGGGCCAUCCAUUUUGCUGCAGCCAACGGGCACGCGGAGUGUGUUCGAUUGUUGGUUGAAGCAGGGGCCAAUAGAGAAGCUGCUGACAAAGUAUGCGGGGCAACGCCACUGCACUUGGCAUGUUUGGCCGGCCAUCCCAAGAUGGUCGGUUUGCUGUUGGAACUUGGGGCUCAGACAGAUCUUGUGACGCAAGAGGAUGGUUCAACUCCCCUGCACUGGGUGACGGAAACUGCCAGGUGCAAGGAAAGCUGCUCGGAAGUCUUGCGGCUUUUGCUGGAAGCAAAAGCUCAGACCUGCAAAGCCCGCAGAGAUGGUUCCUCCGCGAUUCACUUGGUAAGUUCCGAUGGACAUUUAAAGAUGCUGCGUCUUUUGUUGGACUUCGGUGCUGAAGUCGACGUGCUCAAUGGAGAUGGUGCCACACCCCUGCACCUAGCAGCUCAGGAUGGACAUUUGGAAGUGGUGGAGGCCUUGCUAAAUGCAGGCGCGGAGAAAGAUUGUCGCAUGAAUGGCACAGGGGCAACACCUCUACGCCUGGCAGCAGGGGUCGCACAUCAUCAUAUCGUUGAGCUGUUGAUCCGGUGGGGUGCCAACAAAGAUUUGGCCGCAGACGAUGGCAGAACUCCUUUGCAGGUUGCAGCUCUCCAUGGCUACUCAAAGGUGGUGGCUUUGUUGGCCGGUGCCGAGGAUGCCAAGGACGGGAACCUGGUGGCCGAGGAUAGCUUGGGACCCAAGAGGCGUCGCGUUUCGAAGCUUUCGCGAAGUGAAGAAAAAAGGACGGGAGUUCGAGCGCGCGCCGUUGAGAAAGUGCAGCGGCAAUUGGCGGAACUCGCUGAGGAGCCGGAGCGUUCAGAACUCGUGAAGCUUCAGCUGAAAAACAAGCGAGAAUGCCAAACUUUGCGACCAUGUGCGCGCUAUCAACAGGAUGACAUGGGCUCCGGUGUGCCAGACGACUUCUUGGAAGAAUCAAAGGCGGUGACAGAUGGACAUGUGGUGUUUUUGGACGAUGCCAUCAACAAGGAGGGUCAGGCCACAUGGGCCAUUGACAUCCAAGAGUCUGUGGCGCGAGGCAUCACGGCCAAUUCCAUCCAGAAUCGCUACCUGGACAUGCUGGAGUCCUUGAAGCUCAAGGCCUUUCUAAUGAAUGCUGAAAAGGAAAGUCAGGUCAUGGACAAUGAGGAUAUGGACGUGAAGCUGGACAACGCUCCCUUGCGUGCAUUGAUGCAGCAGUCUGUGGGUGAUGUGAUGACACCCGAGGACGAAGCGAUUCUGCUCUUGUUGGCUGAAGAAGCCGCGGCUCGAGCAGCGGCCUCUAGACCCUUGGCUGAGCAUGUGGUGAACCUCACAAAGCAAGCUCGCAUUCGUCAAGAUGACGUGAAGGAAAGGAGAAGGAGGGUAGCCCUGCUGAGAAGAUGGGUGGAGGCCACAUGGGAUGAUAAAACGAACGACAUCGAAGCCUUGGUCGCGAAGCAUGCCGAGGAGCUUGCGGACGUUCUUGAGCUCAAACCUUUGGAGAGGAAGCGGCUGCUGGCAGUUAUCGAAGAAGGUGUGUCUCAGGAGGUGCCGACUGAGACUGAAGAAUCCCUCUUGGCAGAGGAUGCGCAGGUGCGUUAUGAACACCUCCAUUCGCUGCUGGAGUCUCUUCGGAAGGAGCUGCCACCUGGCAUGGAUGUCACCAACGCAGAGGCUGAGGACAUUGCGCUUUUCCUUGGCUAUUUGCGUGCAAAGACACUGGGGGGGCAGUUGACUUUCUACACAGAAUCCUUGACUGCGAGUUGCUGCGCGCCAUGCUGCGCGCUCCUGAUCCGUAUCAUGGCGGAUGGGGCGUGGAGCGAUGCAGAGAUGCAGCAAGCCUUGAGGGAAUCCAUGGAGUCUGCAUCCGUGAGGUUUGGCACCCCCUUGAGCCCUCAGGUUCUGCGUGACAUGAACAUUUUCUUUGAAUGUCAAGCACCUGGCUCUGAUACCUGUGGUCUCAAUGCCCUCAACAACCUCUGCCAACAGCACAUGUUUUCGGUGGAGGAUUUACAGCAAGCUGAGGCCCAACACGCACAACUGACCCAGGGGGGCCACUUUGCCCAACGACCCUCCCUGGCAGAGGUCCCCAGUGGCUUCUUUGACGUGGAAGCAUUGAAGAUCGCUGCGUCGGUGAAAGAUCUGGAGAUUGUGGAAGUGGAACCUGUUCCAGACUACCGCAAGAGCCGAUGUUUCGAAUUUGCGGAAGCUUCGCAAAACUUCGGUGAUGGAGCAUAUUUACUGGGCUUUUUAGUGUAUGACCGACAGCCAGGGCACAUGCACUACUAUGCCCUGUGCAGACAGCCGCGGAUGCCAGGUAUGUGGGUGAAGCUGGAUUCCCAGUUGCCUCCACUGUCAGCAGAGCACCGCAAUGCCUUGCUUCGGGAAAGUGAGCUGUGGGACAUCUACACUGCCAGCAAGCCGUUGUUCCAAUCAUGGCUUGUUCGAUGGUAUCCUGUGGUUUGGAGAAAGGGUGCAGUUCGGCAGGUUUGCAAAACGCUGGAAAGUCGAAAGCACAAAAUCUCCGGCAACCGGUGUACAAGCAUCUUGCAGGAGAGUGGCUGGUUGGUGUCGGGCGCCGUUUACCAACUCCUGGAGACACUUCCUUUGUUGACCCUGCGUCAGCUUCUGGUGAAGUUUGCGCGUCCGUCGGAGGUGGAGAUGCAGGGCUUGUUGGAAGCAUCGGGAUGGGAUCUUUCUCGUGCUCAGCCAGCGAUCGACCGUGUCUUGAAGCAACGGAUCACUCUAGCGAAAGAGGUGGAUGCCCAAAGCUCGUCGACCUUAGAAGCCCUGAGUUUAUGCGACUGGGAGCCCCGGGCUGCAGCUGCCUUGCUGGCAUUGAAAUUGCAUUUGGGUGCCGCGGCGCCGCUGCCGGAGCUGCAGCAGGCGCUGGAGCUGAGCGGCGGCGACGCGGACCGCGCCGAGGCGGUGGUGAAGCUCAAGGCGGAGCUGGGAAAUAUGGAACAUGCUGCCAAGCUUCUGCAACAAACUCAGACCUGGUCAGUACAAAGCGCGAAAAAGGUCCUGGAGGUUCGACGUCGCUUCCCGCGCUGCUCGGUGCCGGUGGCCCUGGAGGUCCUGCGACGCAACGACGAGGAUCCGCACGCCGCCUGCGAGAUGCUCGAGGAGUUCCGGCAGCGCAUCCGGCGCAGCGUCAGCGCCGAGUGGGAUCACUUCCUGCACCAGGGAGAGG